AUGCUUCGUGUCGAGCAUGAGUGCGAGAUAACUACCAAAUAUGAAGAUAUACUAUUUCUUUCUGAUCGCGGUCUCUUCCAACGAGCGUUAGAUGCUUUCCGCCACUUACUGAUGGCAUCGGACAAAAAUCCAGGCACUCGCAAGUAUUUACGUAGUCGCGCCACUAUAAUCUCCGAAAAGCGACGACAUUUGCGUAAUUAUAAAUACAUCCUGCAUCCGUUCAGUAUCCUCAGGCACUAUUGGGAUUUUACAAUGAUUUUCACGAUGACGUGUUUAUUUUUGGCUGUUCCGUAUCAGGCAGUCUUUGAGAUUCAUGAACGCCCGCUUUGUUGGACAAUUUUCAAAAAUUCCCUGCUCUUCAUUUGCUGCAUGGACAUAGCCGUUAAUUUCACAACAGGAUAUCUCGACAAUACACAGCACAGCGUUGUAAUGGAGCCGAAGAAAAUAAUGAAGAGGUAUCUGAGACAUGGCAGCUUCGUGACAGAUCUGCUGGGUUCCCUGCCAACUGAUAUCGCCUUCAGUAAAAUAUGGUGGGAGUACAAAGUCGCUCGCGAGCUAGCGUCUUUGAUGUGCCUGUUUCGCGUGUUCUCUCUCGCUUCAUACAUGAGAAAAAUCGCCCUCGCCUACGACGUUCCGAUAACCUUUUACAACGUCUGCGUGAUAAUAUUUUGGUUGGCGAUCACCUUGCACUGGCAGUCUUGUCUCUAUUGGCUGGUACCGAUAGCCACGACCUCCAUCCGUCUGCUGGAACGUCCAAGCAACGACUCUUGGAUACACGAGAAGAACCUUUGGGAGGCACCCAAGGGUCGACAAUACCUGUUGUGCCUCUUGCGCGCCGUGCCCAUCUUCAUGAAAUCGGGCUGUCUGCACAGCAAGCCGAAAAACGAAGCGGACCUCACGUUGCUGAUCGUCCUGCAGAUCUUAGGUACUUUGACGAUUUACAUCCUGACGGCUCGAGUGAUGCAGCUGUUCAAGGGCGCCAACAGCUCGAGGAUCAAGUAUCACAGCAGCAUGGCGCAACUGAAGCGAUACAUGAGGCACCGGCAGCUACCACGCUCGACUCAGCGUCGCAUCGUGGCAUACUACGAAUUUCGCUUUCAACACCAAUACUUCCGCGAGAGCGAGAUCCUCAACACCCUGUCCAUGCAGAUGCGCCAAGAGAUCGGCAUGCAUGCCUGCCGCAAGCUCGUGGAGAACGUGACGUUCUUCAGCAAUCUACCCUUCCUGUUGUUGGCGCGCAUCGUCAACCUGCUCAAGUCCGAGAUAUUCUUGACCAACGACGUGAUCGUGCGAGUCAAUCAGCUAGGCGACUGCAUGUACUUCAUCGCCAACGGCACAGUGGCAAUUUACACGAGUUCCGGCAAAGAAGUAUGCCACUUGGAGGACGGCGCGCAUUUCGGGGAGAUUGCGCUGGUGAUGCCGGAUGAGCGCAGAGUGGCCAGCGUCGUCGCCGUCGAGAUCUGCGAGCUGUAUCGUCUGGACCGCAUCGACUUUGUCAGAACGAUUUAUCAGUAUCCGAUGAUGUGGGAACGCAUCAAGAACAUAGCCAUCGAGAGGCACGAGAAGACAAUGAUACUCAAUAAUACCGCACGAUAAAUCAAAGGCAUCAAAGGGAUGCUUUCAUUGAAGAUCUCGCAGUCGUUAUGGUAUACGCAUAUAUCGAUUGGUAUUGAUGUUCGAGCGAGCAAUUAACCAUGCAGCGGCGUGUU